CUGCAAACCUAACUGCAGAGCCCCAGGCUGGGCUGGACAGGCUGAGGUCAGGGCAGGUGCAGAGAGGCCCAGAGCUGCAACACCGCACUUCAUUUAUUGCGUGGCUACUGAUGUGCCCGUGCUGGGCACACGGACGUGGAAAAGGACAGAAAGGCUACUCCUGGACUGUUCUCUGGGCUUGUCACCCUGGGGUUGUGGUGAGAGGCUGCUGACAGCCAGGGCACCUGGGAGUGGACGUGGCUGGAGAAGGACCCUUGUCCUUUUACAGCCAGGCCCACUCUGAGCCCCACGCAGUGUUCUAGAACCUGUCCCCCAGGGCAGGAUGGUAGCGGGGGCAGGAGUCUCUGAGCCAUUGCGGCCCUUCCCGGCAGGCGCCGAGCCUAGGGGCUGUGGUCAGGGUGAAAGGCAGGGCAUGGACCCUCACUCAGGGCUGCGUGUGCCCGACGUGGUGGGGGGUCGUGGAAUCGGAGCACAACUUGGCCCUGCGUUCCCAGGAAGGAACCCGAAGACCUCCCCAGGCCACCCUGCCAUCUGCAUGCGCGCUGGCAAGAGGAGGGGCGCGGGGUAAUGGUGGCCGGCGCCACAGCCCCGUGCCGCGCAGGGUCUUGCCCACCACCAGCGAUGCCCAGCCCUUGGUAGAGCUUGAACCACCUUCUAUAAACAGGAUGGCGGUGGAGAGACAGGCCCAGUCCCUGAACCCAUGAGGAGUGUGGCCCCUUCAGGCCCAAAGAUGGGGAACAUCACUGCAGACAACUCCUCGAUGAGCUGUACCAUCGACCAUACCAUCCACCAGACGCUAGCCCCGGUGGUCUAUGUUACGGUGCUGGUGGUGGGCUUCCCGGCCAACUGCCUGUCCCUCUACUUCGGCUACCUGCAGAUCAAGGCCCGGAACGAGCUGGGCGUGUACCUGUGCAACCUGACGGUGGCCGACCUCUUCUACAUCUGCUCGCUGCCCUUCUGGCUGCAGUACGUGCUGCAGCACGACAACUGGUCUCACGGCGACCUGUCCUGCCAGGUGUGCGGCAUCCUCCUCUACGAGAACAUCUACAUCAGCGUGGGCUUCCUCUGCUGCAUCUCCGUGGACCGCUACCUGGCUGUGGCCCAUCCCUUCCGCUUCCACCAGUUCCGAACCCUGAAGGCGGCCGUCGGCGUCAGCGUGGUCAUCUGGGCCAAGGAGCUGCUGACCAGCAUCUACUUCCUGAUGCACGAGGAGGUCAUCGAGGACGAGAACCAGCACCGCGUGUGCUUUGAGCACUACCCCAUCCAGGCAUGGCAGCGUGCCAUCAACUACUACCGCUUCCUGGUGGGCUUCCUCUUCCCCAUCUGCCUGCUGCUGGCGUCCUACCAGGGCAUCCUGCGCGCCGUGCGCCGGAGCCACGGCACCCAGAAGAGCCGCAAGGACCAGAUCCAGCGGCUGGUGCUCAGCACCGUGGUCAUCUUCCUGGCCUGCUUCCUGCCCUACCACGUGCUGCUGCUGGUGCGCAGCGUCUGGGAGGCCAGCUGCGACUUCGCCAAGGGCGUUUUCAACGCCUACCACUUCUCCCUCUUGCUCACCAGCUUCAACUGCGUCGCCGACCCCGUGCUCUACUGCUUCGUCAGCGAGACCACCCACCGGGACCUGGCCCGCCUCCGCGGGGCCUGCCUGGCCUUCCUCACCUGCUCCAGGACCGGCCGGGCCCGGGAGGCCUACCCGCUGGGUGCCCCCGAGGCCUCCGGGAAAAGCGGGGCCCAGGGCGAGGAGCCCGAGCUGUUGACCAAGCUCCACCCGGCCUUCCAGACCCCUAACUCGCCAGGGUCGGGCGGGUCCCCCACGGGCAGGUUGGCCUAGCCUGGGACCCCCGCGGGUGGGGCCAUGUGAGGCCUGAACCUUCAGUCCAUGGGCCUCAGGGCCGGCCGCCUCCUGCUUCCCCCAGCACCGGUGCCGCUUUCUGCGGAGGCAGCGAGGCCCCUGUGACUCUGGAAGCCUGCUCUGGCUUGCUGAGCCCGCUGGGACCGCCGAGGGUGGGAAUAAGCCCCCGUUGGCUCAUGGUGUCCUCUGCCGUGGCUGCGAUGUGGCCAGGCUGGGGCUGCUGGUGGGGGGAAGACAGUGAACUGUGCUCCCUGGCCUGCUUCCUGCAGAGUUUGUGCAUGGGGAGUGGGAGGACAUGGAGGGUGGGAGGCUGGGUGUUCACCUGCCAGGGCCUUCCAAUGCCACCGUUGUCACAGACAAUGCCUGUCCAAAUGUCCCGGUGGGAUCAGCACUGGAGCCCACCCACAACAGGGUGGGAAGGGAAGACUGGAGGGGGAAGGCAGGCAGGAGGGGGAAGGCAGGCAGGAGGGGGAAGGAAGGGAAGAGAGGAAAGGAAAGAAAGAGGGGGAAGGAAAGGAGGAGGAGAGAAGGAAGGUAGAGGGUGUUGGGUUUGGGGAAUUGAGGAAGUUAUAGGCAGAGGAGGACCCUAGCUCCAGCCAUAAGAACUGGGAGAGCCACCUGCUGCUCCAGAAGACCUGCCCACCUCCACAGAAAUGCUAGCCCUUCAGACCUUCUGGUCAGUGGACUGGGACCAGCUCUGACUAGGGAUGCCCUCCAAGGCCUGGGACUCGAGUUCUUCAGAACCAAGAGGCUACCUGGGCUUCCUCCAAGAAGGGACCAGGGGCUAGGAGCAGAAGUUGGCAUCAGUAAACAUUUCUGGAAUCUACCAAAGGGAGGCCCAGGCAGAACCCCUUCCUCAGUCUCCCCCUCUUCCCCCCAGCCUCGAAGAGGUUGAUCCUUUGUGCUGUGUCUCUUAGCCCUUUCACUGGGGAUGCCUAGAUGCAACAGCUCAGGCUCGUGGUGCCCCAGGGAAGGGUGCUCACAGCGGUCCCAGGGCUACACUUGGCUUUCACUGCACAGCCCCUGCUCAGAUCCUUAUGGAGGGUGUCCGAUGACUUGGGGAGGUUCUCUUCCCCUUCCUAGAGGAGGAAGUGACCAAGUUUGAAGGUGGCAGAAAUGACCACACAGCCAAGAAGAGCCCAUGCAACUCAGUCCAGGAUCUUACUGGGUCAAUGACAUUGGUGGAAGCCUCCAUGCCUCCUCAUUCCACAGCACUUCCUCCUAUGUUGACCUUAAACACCAGCUUCCCACUGAUACAGACUGGGAUGAGCUGAGGGCAGUCUCAUUUACUAUCAAGAGUUGUAUUUUUCUAUUGUCCUCUCUUUUUGCCAAGUCUACGUGUGUUGACUGUGCAGUGGAUUUAUGUAGCCAACUUCAGUCUGCAAAUAAAAGUAACUGGA